UCUUUGUAACGGAGCGACAGCUACAUUUGGCCAGUGACGCACUUACGUCAUCGUCGGUGUGCGGAAAGAGUGUUUCUAAAACAAGAGAGCAAACCAAACCAAAGCGGGUGUUUGAACAAGAACAAGGUCACUCACAGAGACGCAAUCUUAGACCUUCGUCAUUGUACCUGCUCUAAUGGCGCUUUCAGCGGAUAAGGCGGACCUCCAAACGGACAGAGGACCUCUCAGCGGUCCGAGCGUUUCGUCGGACGACACCAUCGAUAUCGACGAGAAAGAGUUGGAAAAUAUCACAAAGAACCACCGAGGGGACGACAAUUCCACGUUGCCGUUACACUCACCUUGGACCUUUUGGUUAGACAGGUCAUUACCAGGCACAACUGCUGCAGAAUGUGAAUCUAAUCUGAAGAAGAUCUACACAGUGCAAAGUGUUCAGCGCUUCUGGAGCGUGUACAAUAACAUUCCACCAGUCACAGCCCUUCCUUUGAGAUGGAGCUAUCACCUAAUGCGUGGAGAACGGCGACCACUAUGGGAAGAGGAGAGCAAUGCAAAAGGAGGUGUAUGGAAAAUGAAAGUACCAAAAGAAAGCACUUCUGCAGUUUGGAAAGAAUUGUUACUUGCUACAAUAGGGGAGCAGUUUGCUGAUUACUGCGCUUCAGAUGAUGAGGUUGUUGGUGUCAGCGUAAGUGUUCGAGAUCGGGAGGAUGUCGUACAAGUUUGGAACAAAGAUGCUUCUCUUUCUAAUGAAGCAAAUAUCUUGGGCAAAAUCAAUGAGCUUCUCCCGUACAUAUCUUUUAAAGCAGUUUUUUAUAAAUCUCACAUGGAACAUCAUGCUUUUGAAGGAGGACGCUCAAGGCAUUAGAUAAUGCACUUUUUUAAUUUUUUUAUUUUGACUGUACUUGCCUUGACUUAAUGACACUGUCCACAAGAGAAUUAAGGGUAUUAUCAAUAUAUUUUAUGACUAGCAAAUGACUGAUGUCUUUUCUUUUUACCGUUCAAAGAAUGUACAUCUUAAAGAGGGAAUCCAGUGGUUUGCAUUAACAAUGCAUCCAAUAGGUCAUGUAAUAUGUACUCUAUGUUGACAAUAUGAUGUGGAAUCCUUUCUCAUUUAACAGUGUUUUGAGAAGAUUUUUGACAAUUACGAAUUUUCAGGGGACACUGCCAUUUUCGCGAGUCACAUGACCUAUGUGGCCGUAUGUGACGUGUUACAUGCUGUUCCAAACGCUCGCUUACAUGGGACACCAUUAUGCCCAGCACUUAAUCGGAUUUAUCCUCAUCUGAUGAAGAAAUAGCAGUAUCGCUUGAUCAGGAAGACGGAGGAAUACUUCCAUAUAGAGCGGCGUAGCUGUGAGCUUGGUCCCCGCCGAGCCCCGGAGCUCGCUCGGCCAGGGAGAUCACUUUGCCAAGCGGUGGAGCCAUGAGCUCGCUCCCCCUCCGCCGGUCAUCUGUAAAUAAUGUUGAAUAUUUGGAUGGUUCUUCGGGCGGAAUGACGUGGAGUCUGACUAGGUCGCUCACGGCUCCACCACUCGGCGGAGCUCAGCUCACGGAUCUGCUGCUCAGCGGCAUUAUUCACAGCCACAGGUUCCAAUCUGUAGGGAAGUAUUCCUCCGUUUUCCCGAUCAACCGAGCGGGUCGCGGCUGUGUAUGAAAGUAUUCCUCCGUCUUCCCGAUCAACCGAGCGGUGGAGAGGCGGUCACGGCUGAUCCGCUCAUGGAUGCGUACGAAAGUAUUCCUCCGUCUUCUCGAUCAACCGAUGCUGCUAUUUCUUCAUCAGAUGAAGAGAAAUCAGCGCUGAGCAGAAUGGUGUCCCAUGUAAUCGAGCGUUUGGAAUGGCACGUCACAUACGCCCACGUAGGUCAUGUGACUCGCGAAAUUGUCGAUCUUCUCAAAACACUAUAAAAUGAGAGAGGAUUAAACAUCACAUUGUCAAGAUAGAGUACAUAUUAGAUGACCUAUUGGAUACAUUGUUAAUGCAAACCACUGGAUUUCCCCUUUAACAUUCAGCAUUGUUGGAUUCAUAGUCUUUUUUUGUCAUGUCACUGUCCCACAUAGAUAACAGCUCACACAGUUGAUUCCUUGUAUCAACGUAGCUGCUAUGUUAUCUUUUACUUUCAACAAAUAUUAGCUUUUAUUCAGUCAUUCAAUGUUUAAAUUGAAUAAGAUUGUUAGGUACCAAAGCAGUUUUGGUAGUUUGUAUCAAAAAGGAUGAAAGUGUAUCUGAAAUUUCAAGGAGUGGCAUGAAUGUCCCAAUGAGUUCUUUGCAUUUUCAUAAGUUGUAUUUGAAAUGAAAAUCAGGGUAGCACUUUGAGAAUCAGUCCUCUGUGUCCCUCAUUUAUAAAGCCAUAGGCAGCAGUAAAAUGGAUACUGCUGUCAAAUGUCAAUGAAUUUACACCACAGCAUGUUUGACAAUUUUAAUGCUAAGUAGUAAAAUAGAACUCCACUUUCCCAAAUAAAGUCACAGAUCAUUUGAUCAACAAUGUGAACAAAAAUUGCACAUUCUCUAACAUUGAUUUGUACUUGUCUGUAAUUGUUUGCAGUACCAAUAAAUCAUUGUUUUUCUCUUUGA